UCUCUAUGAAUUACAUGUUUUGCUGUGGAUUAUGAUCCUUUCUUGGCGAUGUUUGUCAGGUGAGAAUUACGAGAUGGAAUUGGAAAGGGAACAACAGCUAGAGUGGAUCGAAGCGCAGAAGAUUGAGAUUAGCGCCGACCUUGUGGCUGCGGCUAAACAGCAACUUAAGUUCCUUCAAGCUGUCGACAGGAACCGUUGGCUCUAUGACGGUCCUGCGCUCCAGAGGGCGAUCUAUAGGUACAGUGCUUGCUGGCUUCCGUUGCUAGCCAAACAUUGUGAAUCAGAGGUUUCAGAGGGACCUCUGGUUGUUCCUCUCGAUUGCGAAUGGAUUUGGCACUGUCACAGGCUCAACCCAGUUCGAUACAAAUCUGAUUGCGUGGAAUUCUAUGGGAGGAUACUGGACAACUUCAACGUUGUGUCUUCCCUUCAAGGCUCUUGUAAAAAACAAACAGAAGAAAUUUGGAACACACUUUUUCUUGAUGAACCAUAUGAAUUCGACUGGAAGAGAGCAUCAUCAGAGGACAUCUCUGAGAAAUUCUCCGGAAUUGAAAAGCAAAUUAAGUAUGAUCUAAUUUCUGCUGUCAAAAGGCAGAGUCCUUUCUUUUAUCAGGUCUCAAGACCCCAUAUGAACAACAAUAUCUUUCUUGAAGAAGCUGUAGCCAGAUAUAAGGGUUUUCUGCAUUUGAUUAAGAGAAAUCAGGAAAGCUCCAUGAGGCGAUUUUGUGUUCCAACUUAUGACAUUGACCUUAUGUGGCAUACCCACCAGUUGCACCCUGUUGCUUACUGCAAGGAUCUGAAAAAAGAACUUGGUAGGGUAUUGGAGCAUGAUGACAAAGAUUCGGACAGAACUAAAGGGAAGAAGCUUGAUACUGGGUUUUUUGUGACUACCAAGCAAUGGGAAGAGACAUUUGGUACAAGGUAUUGGAGGGCAGGAGCAAUGUAUAGAGGCAGUGCCCCAACUCCCGUGACAGAUUUUCCUUUCUUUCCAGACAGUUUGAGCAAGGAAGCCACUACCACACAUCAGUUCCAGAAUAUAAUUCAGCUUCCAGAGAUGAAACUUGUUGAGGUCCUUCUGGAGGUCAUUGGAGUUAAGAACAUAGCGGAGGAGCUGAAGGGAAGCCUCUUUGUCUUUUUUCGUAAAACUCAACCUGAUGCAUUCUUCAAUGGCAAUAGGAAAGUGACUAUUUUAUCUGAGUCUCGGGAGAAGCAGGUAGUUGCAUUCCAGUGUGAGCCUACUGGCAAGCUGCUGUUUGAACUAGUAUCCCUUUCACCUUCGAAUCUACUGGUAACGAGGGCGUCUAAAACUUUGGGCACUGCUUCACUCUCUUUGAGUGAGUUCCUGGAUCCAGUUUCUAAACUUGCUGGAGAGAAAUGGUUGGAGUUGACGCCUGUUUCUGGAAGUACAAGCCCCAAGCCAAUGAACCUUCAUGUUGCUGUCUCAUUUACCAUCCCUACCCCAGCCCCAUAUGUGCUCCGCAUGGUUCAAUAUCCAUGUACAAAGAGUACUUGUUUUUUCCCUCUCCCUGUAAUGGUUGAACAUGCUAAGAAUUGGAGACACGUCAUUGAUGAAACCCAAGCUGAGGUGAUUAGCCUCCAAAUAAGGGAGCUUACAGAGGCAAAGAAGAAACAAAACUGCACUUCUAGGAAACAAGUGAUUGGUAUUACAAAAUGUGGUGAAACACAUACUCUGGCAGAAUUUACUGGGACUUUCUGGUUAUUGAUGGAUUCUCAGUGGUGCCUACAGCAUCAAGAAAAAGCCAGUGAAAAUGGUGAUCUCCUUGAGCUCAUAGGUAGCAGGAUGGUAAAAGUUUACCCAGGAAGAAAGCUGGAGUAUGAACCGAAGCCUUGUGAGAAACAGAGAAAUGAAGAUGACUUUAUGACUUUGGUUGAAUUUUCUGCUGAAAAUCCGUAUGGGAAAGCAUUGGCAUUGCUUGACUUGAGAUCUGGAUGUAUCAAGGCAACGGAGGAAUGGUUGGUAUUGCCUGGACUGAUAGCUGCUUUUAUACUUUCUGAUAAUUUAAAGAAGAAAGGACACAUUAGCUUCAAUGUUAAUGGCAAAAACAGGAAGGAGAUUAACGACAUAAUUGAAAAGGUGGAUGCUAAGCAAGACCACGGAACGAACAUGACUCUUCCUGUAGGAACUAAGGUGGACUAUGUGGAUCUGGCUGCAGGUAAUGAAAUGAAUCCAGAAAAUGCAGUUAAGAGUAGUGGCUGUGGUGGGUGCGGUGCUGGAUGUGGAGACAUAGUGAACAGUGGGGGGUGUGGUAGUGGAUGCGGUGGUGGGUGUGGCGGUGGGUGUGGUGGUGGAUGUGGAAGCAUGUUUAAGAGUGCCGGUUGUGGUAGUGGCUGCGGCAGUGGGUGUGGAACCAUGGUGAGCGACAAUGAUGGUGCUUGUGGAAACGCUGGUGUUAAUGGGCCCAAAACCCCUCUCUAUACAGAGGCAGUAGGCGCCUGAUGGUUUUCCAUUUGGGAAAAUUAGCAGGUAUGCAAUGUACUCCUAAAUAAAGUUCUACCAAAUUUGGUUACACAGUCCUAUCCCGGCAAGCACUGCUUCAGGCAAUUAUAUGUAAAUAAAUACUGCUUUUAGCAAUUCCCUGAAGUUUGUUUUCAAAAACGUGAAGGGUUGGUUCUGCUUCACCAUAUUCUAGCCUGGCCUGGCCUGGCCAUCAAAUUUCAUACACACAAACUCCUCGUUUGUGCAUGAAUUUUAGUAGCUUUUCAUAUGACUUCAGCUUCUUUUCUUGAUACAGAAGUGGAGUGCACUAUGUCAAGAAAUAUUGUCAAUUAUUUGAAGUUGAGCAUUCAAUAAGCAGUGUUCUGUAUUGUUGCUGCUUCUGCGACAGAAUGAUGGGUCAGAGAAGUGAGAAUUUAAGUAGCAUUUAUCUAUGGUUGGUAGUAAGGAUUGAUUAGAGGCCCACGAAAUGGUGUCAGAGAGUACAAUAAAUGUAUGCAACACCAUAUCAACCGCCUAUGGUGGUGUAUCGAAGCCUCUCUAAGUAGAAAGUAUAGUUGAUGUCAGGUUCUUUUUUCUCUACUUGUGAAUUGAAUGGUCUCUUUGAUAUGAGAUUCAUGGAAAUCUUCAUUCCGAAAUUUCCCAUCAGGAAUUAAUUUGAUUAAUGCGGUCCAAUCCUUGUUGGUAUUUGGUGAUUGCCUAUAAAAAUAAAGUUGUCCUGGUGGAUUGCAUCAAAUGGGGAAGGACCGUCGCGUAGGAGAAAGUCUGGUGUAUUCAGGGUUAUUGUUGACGUGGUAUCCUUACAGCAUGUUACAUUAUAAAAAAUUCUCCACCUU